CAUUUUACAUAUCGCUCCAAGAAAUUAGUCUCUUAGAUUAGAAACAAUUCUCACCGCUCCAAGAAACUCUCUUCUCUUCUGAGAAAAAAACUUCUCUUUCUUUUCACAGAAUCCAUGAUGGGGGACAGAAAAGAAGGAAAUAUGGGCAAAGGCUCAAAGGCAAGCACGUCCAAAGAGGAAUUCAAUUACGCGGAUGAACUGGAAGUGGCUCAGGUACUUGUUUCUCUAAAUGAAUCCAUGAUGAUGAGGGAUAGAGAAGAAGAAAAUAUGGGUAAAGGCUCAAAGGCAAACACGUCCAAAGUGGAAUUCAACGAGAAAGAACCGCAAGUGGCUUCGAAACUUUUUGCUCCAAGUCUCGAGGAACAGUUACGGGAUCAUCAUGAUCAUGAGGAUAGUGCUACGACUUCGGAGCCACUGAACAAGAAUAAGAUAAGAAAGUGUGUACUUGAUAAAGCCCGUAGAGCAAGAGAUAAAGAAAGCAGCUUGAGUCAGAAAUUUUCGACUUUGGAAGAGACCGAGAAAAGAAAGAUUUUCUCCACAAUUUUUGACCACGAGCCCGAAAAGAUGCCACCAGUGCCGGAACAUAUUGCCAUGUUAAUCAAGGAUGGGCAGUGCUCUACACCUUUUUUUAAACAGUUGCAAGUACAUGAAUUCACCGCUGCUACUCUUCUCUUGAGCAAACCAGUUGUAGAAACCGGCCUCUUCCCAUUGUUGAAUAAGGAAGAGAAAAAUGCUCCCGGUGGAAUUCCGGUCACGGCGUAUGAUGAAAAAGGCGAGGCGUUUCCGAUGAGGUUCAAGAGGAGAACAGGCAAGAACGACUAUACGCUUUGUGAAGGGUGGAAAGAAUUCAGUAUAGAACAUGAACUACGAAAGUUUCAAGAUUUUGUUACGUUGUGGAUGUUCCGCAAUAAAGAAACGGACGGGCUUUGCUUUGUUGUCUCUUAUAGAAGAUUUGAAAACGUGGAUUGUCACGUGCCUCGGAAGACUGGCUAAGAUUCAUGCAUGCAUGCAAGAACCAAGAAGGCUUCUUUGUGAGUUUACUGACAGUCUUUUUUGGUUUGAUUCUUCAUAGUCGUGAUCGUUUUCUUGGUUUCUUAGGCGUUGGCUUUUAGUAUAUCGAAUCUCAAAAGCUAUAGUUAGUAAUUCUUUGCCUUUGGCAGUAGGAAUUAGUGUGCUUAAUUACAUGUUACAGGGACAGUCUUUUUAGUUUGAUCUUCAUGCUAGUAGUGAUAGUUUUCUUCGUUUUCUUAGGCGUUGGCUUUUGCUAGUCAGUAAUUCUUUGCCUUUGGCAGUAGGAAUUAGUAGGCAUAAAUGUUCAUAUUGUAGGCAAUGGUAGAUUUUGCAACAGUCUUGCGGGAAAAUACAUAUUGCCACAGUCUGUAAGAUGUAAUAUUCGCAAUAACAAUGACCCUCUGUAAGAUGUAAAGUUCAGAUUCUCAAUUGU